AUGGAACUGAUGCAGAAGUAUGUCAAGGAUGAUGGGGUGGUUGGUCUUGACAACUUCGAUCACUGGUGGACUAGCUCGGCCGCGAUUGAAUUUCUCUCCGCGACGACGUCUGUCAGCUCUGUGGAGGACCUAAAAAAGGCCCCUGGGGAUCUAAUUAGUCUUGCAUGGUUCACCCUGAUUUCUGGCACUGUUGUAGAAACAAAAAAGCAAGGAACUCCUCUAUCUUCUGCUUUGCAGAGCAUUUUGCAUCCUCUAUUGGCCAGGAACUCCCAGCCUGCAGCUGGCUCCAUAAUUGAGGCUAAAGAGGAUGAGGGCAAAUCAUGCUGCGAGAGGAUGGGUGAAGUUGUUGGCAUUAAGGGCUCAAAGACUUCCAACAAGAUCAUAGGUACAGAAGCUGCAAUGCACCUUAAGGAUAUCUUGGAUCUGCUUAUUAUCAAGCAGCUGUCCUUUUUUGCUGAAAAUAGGGUUCUGUACCUACUAGCUGGCCCCGGGUAUUUCAGAGAAAAUGCUGCUUGUAGAUUGCUUGUCAGCAGCACAGGAUCUGUGGGAAGGAGGAGAGGUACAGCGUCCAUGUUAGAAUAUCCUAUUACAGAUCCAUGGUCAGAGAGGAUAAACUUGAUAUCUUAA